AUGGCUGGCGCGGCUGCCAUCACUGCUAUGGAAGAGCAUAAGCGCAGCAAACAAGCUGGAGUUCCAGGCAGGCUCACUCCACUAUCAUCGCAACAACAAUACCCGGAGCAAAUCAUCCCAGCUGCAUACAGCAGGCCCAGAGACAAAGACGCCAUCUCGGCAGCGGCCCCUCAGUCAGCACCAGGAUAUUACGACCUGGACGGCAUGGUCCGCGAGCUGUCCUUGCAAGACACAAAGAAUCUUACCGACCUCCAAUGGGAAAUUAAGCCUGACACCGAUCGGGAUGAGCCUCCAGCAUACACCCCAAACCCAAACGCUGUCAUGGCCACAGGAGCCGACAACGCAGCCAACUCGACAAAAGAACUCCGUGCGCACCUCCUCAAAUCCCACCCUCUCCUCCAACGCUACUCCACCCACCCCAGCAUCUCUCCCACCAUCGACUGCUUUGUCGAGUCAACGAUCGUCUUGCACGAUGCCCAACAAGCCGCCCGAGCCGCUGGCCGUGGCUGCUGUGGAUUGGGUCCGCAGAGACGUCUGGCGAAGCUUCACCGCACGGCUUUGGUUAGGGAGAUCAUGGCGCUGGAGAGUACGAGAUUGGGCGGGAACGGAAGGAACACAUGUGGGAUGAGGGGACGAGACAAGAGACUGGCCAAGAAUGAGUGGAGGGAGGGCAAGUGGGGUUUGAGGGGGGCGUUGGCUGCUUGGGUGGGGCAGGAGCGGUUGAUGAAGUGA